UUUGCGCAAUAUUCAACAUCCAAGAUGGCGUCCCUUCCGCAGAAGAAGUUUUACCGGCAGCGUGCCCACUCCAACCCCAUGGCUGAUCACAGCUUUGACUACCCCGUGAAGCCAGAUGUGAUGGACUGGUCGCCAUAUUACCCAGCAUUCUUUGAGUCGCCCAGCAAAGCGGAGAGGCACGAUGAUGAUAAGGAGGCGGAGGAGCGACCGGCGUCUCUGGUGGAGUUUGCCGACAUCGGCUGUGGCUACGGCGGGUUACUGGUGGAGCUGUCCCCAAUGUUUCCUGACACCCUGAUGUUGGGGAUGGAGAUCAGAGUAAAGGUAUCGGACUACGUGACGGACAGAAUAAAGGCCCUGAGAGAGAAACACCCAGGGAAGUACCAGAAUGUGGCCUGCAUCAGGACAAAUGCCAUGAAGUACCUGCCUAACUUCUUCAGAAAAGGACAGCUGAAGAAAAUGUUCUUCCUGUUUCCUGAUCCGCACUUCAAGAAGACCAAACACAAGUGGAGAAUCAUCAGCACCACCCUGUUAGCAGAGUAUGCCUACGUGUUGGCAGAGGGGGCAAUAGUUUACACAAUAACAGAUGUUGAGGAGGUACAUGAAUGGAUGAAGCAGCACUUUGUACAGCACCCAUUGUUUCACCAGAUGACUCCAGAAGAAUAUAAGGAAGAUCCUGUUGUAGAAAAGCUUUAUGAAAGCACGGAGGAAGGCCAGAAGGUUACCAGGAACAAGGGAGACAAGUUUCUAGCCAUCUUCAGACGAAUCAAGGACCCACUUUUACCAAACUAGACUUCUAACGUUUUGUGACAGCUGAUUAGAUAUGGUACAGUUAGUCCUAUAAUUAUAACCUUAUUAUGAUGAUGU